AUGUGGCAGACGAUGGUCUCCGAGCCCUGCGUUGCAGAGGACGUGCUGAGAAACCUGCUGAAGCAACGCAUAGGGCCUGAGCACGAUGUCUUUGGCUCACCCCACAGCUGUGUCCGUUCCUGGGCUGUAACCAGCGCCAUGAACAAGAUCUUCCAGCUGCCCUCCAGCAAGAACAUUGCGCUGUUACUUUUCCACAAGCUCUACAUUGCCGUGCUCUUCCAGAUCUCCUUCAUCCAUGAGUGCACACUGCAGGACUUCAGCAGCGGCAGCAGUCAGAUGGGGGAGUGCGUGUGGCCUUCAGGCAGCUUUCUCAGGACUGCGGUGAUGACCAUGAGAGCUCUUUUCCAACACCUGGGGGGUGCCACUUUGGUUGAAGACAUCCAGAUGCAGGGUGGCUGGGACAGGCUUUUAAGACAUGAGACCUUCCACACAGGUGUUGCUGUGCUGACUAGGGCUCUGGGAAGCAAAGCACCGCUCUUUGGUGCCUCGGUGUUUGAAGAGGCAGUCGUACGUCUCUGGCAGAGACAGAAGCAUGAGGAGAUCACCGCCAUGGCUGUCUUCACGGAGUUGCUGGACUGUGUAGACUUUGAGCAGCUUGUUGAUAACUGCAUCCCGCACCUUCUUCAUUCAACCUGCGCAGCAGUAACUCUGCAAGACCUGCUGCCAGAGGUCAUGCAGCAACUGCAGGAUGCCAACAGCGACAUCAAUAUGCAGGCCAUGACUGUCCUCCGCAACACUCUGCGCCUAGCAGAUGGGCAAGUGGCUGGCCCCAUCGCUCUGCAGCUGCCUGACAGGCUCCUGCCCCUCUUUGACAACUGCACAGGACCGUCCCCCCUCUUCUUCCACCUGCAUGACCAGAACCAGCAUGUGGCUGAGGCCUCUCGGGAAGCCCUCCUUGGUGCUGCCAAGCUCCUGAAGUGGAAGCAGCUCAGGAACCUGCUGGAGACAGCGCAGCCACAGAGGAUUGGCGAGUGCCUGCUGGUGGGGCACAGCAGCAGAGUGGAUGACUACCUGUCCCAGAGCCUGCAAUACCUGCGGAGCCCCCAGGAGCCCCUGCAAGAGGCGGCCAUCAGGUUCAUUGGGCUUGCCGGGCAGCACUUGGUGGAUGGGCGCGAGGAGAAGCUCAAGAUCAUCGAGGCCCUGAGAAGCAUGGAGGGCAACAGCAGCCCUUCGGUCUCCUCCCUGGUGACUGAAACCAUCCUGGUCCUGAGAACUUCCUCCACAUUCAGCCUGCAAGCACUACGUUACCGGCUCCGGAGGGUGUGGGAGAGGAGGCCCCGUGUCCCGAGAGCUGGCUGGCUACGCUGCUGCAGCUGUGCUCAGUGCUGAGCGCUGCUCCAGCCCUCGGGCCCCACCGAGUAACCCCUCUGCUGGACUUUCCCCAAAGAAAGAGCCCUCUUUCUUCACCGCUUGAACGUGUCAAUUUUUUGUGUGAAAACUGAACGGUUAGAAAACACCUAUUAAAAUUGGAUUCACAUUC